GCUUCCUGUGCAGUUUUAUAACUCGUCCAGACGGGGAUGCGUGCCGUGAAACAUGGCGGUUCCGUGGAGGCAAUGUCGGCGGCUGAGUGCAAACCACACGAGUACAAGUUUACUGGAGACUGUUUGUCAUCUUAGCGGCAGGACUGCGUUUCUCUCCUCGGCGUCUUGGAGGCGGGGGCCGGGCUCCGGCUCCGGACCGGGACACCGGGGGCUGUUGUCAGCACAACCUUCACACGUAACCCCAACCUAUAAUUCAUCUCUAACCAGGCAUAAAUUCAGGUUGCUGUUCCCCACACUACAGUCGUGCUGCUGCAGAAGGAUACACAGCGAUGUGAAGCUGAAGGACCCCUUUGCGCUCGCUCAGAAGGACUUAAACCAUUUAUAUGACGACAUUAAAAAGGAACUCUUUGUGUCCAAAGCAGAGCUGAAGUCCCUCUGUGAUUACUACUUUGACGGGAAGGGUAAGGCCUUCAGACCAAUGAUAGUUGUCCUGAUGUCGCGGGCCCUCAACAUCCACAGCAACAGGGACGGAGAUUUACUCCCAGGCCAAAGGUCCAUAGCCAUGAUCUCAGAGAUGAUUCACACCGCCAGCCUGGUGCACGAUGACGUGAUAGACGGUUCGGACAAGCGCCGGGGAAAGAGCACCAUCAAUGAAGUGUGGGGUGAAAGAAAGGCUAUCUUGGCAGGAGAUUUCAUCCUCUCGGCCGCCUCCAUGGCCUUGGCCCGUAUCGGAAACACCACUGUGGUAUCAGUGUUGUCUCAGGUCAUAGAGGACCUGGUGAGAGGCGAAUUCAUGCAGCUGGGUUCAAAGGAGAACGAGAACGAGAGGUUCAAGCACUACCUGGAGAAAACCUUUAAGAAGACAGCGAGUCUCAUCGCAAACAGCUGUAAAGCAGUAUCCAUCCUAGUGAGCUCUGAUCCUGAAGUCCAUGAAAUAGCCUUUCAAUAUGGGAGGAACGUUGGCAUUGCGUUUCAGCUGGUGGAUGAUGUGUUGGACUUCACAUCAUGUGCCAAUCACCUGGGGAAGCCCUCCGCCGCAGACCUCAGACUGGGCUUGGCCACCGGGCCGGUCCUCUUCGCUUGUCAGCAGUUUCCCGAGCUGCAUGCGAUGAUUAUGAGACGGUUCAGCUCUAAAGGAGAUGUGGAUCGAGCCUGGCAGUAUGUGCAACAGAGUGACGGCGUGGAACAGACCACCUACCUGGCCCGGCGCUACUGUCAGGAAGCCAUCAGGCAGAUCAGCCUGCUGAGGCCCUCUGCGGAGCGUGACGCCCUCAUCAGGCUCACUGAGAUGGUGCUCUCCAGAGACAAGUGAACAUCCACACCCAAGAUACACUUCAGGCAGCUACCUGUGGAAGGGAACCCCCCCCCCUCGACCCCGUCCCGCCCACCUUGGUCGGGGUUGGACUCCUCAUAAAGAAGGGGAGAGUAGUGAUGGGUGUUUACUACGCUGCUGCUUUGGUUCAGAAGGACCCUUUAGUGCUGGUUUUAAAGUUAUCUAUGGCUAAAUUGAACGGCACAGUGACUUAGAGCUGAAUAACUAAUUGAGAUAUUAUUUAAAUUGUAUUAUAAGUGCAAUAUCCAAAUUGCAAGAGCUGCAAUUUUUUGAUAGUUACCAUUUGUGUCAUAAAGCCAUUAUAAAUAGUAUGGUGGUGCUACAGUCAUGCCACAGCUUACGUAAGAAAACAAGCUUAUUUGGUACCGACCUCAGCAAAAGUCACAUCAUUUUUUUUUUUUUUUUUUUUAGUGAAAAUGAAAAUUGCCUAGUAAAAAUUCCCUUAAAUUGUGAAUCAUCCUGUUUUAAUCUAUCAAAAUAAUUGCAGCUUGUUUUUUUGUUUUUUUUUUUAAUAUAUUGUUCAGCCCUAUGGUUACUAUUGUGACUUGCUAAAGGAGGAUCACCACUUCACUGCCAGAAUCAGAGCAAAGGGGAGCAAAGCAAGGGUCCCUUUGAACUGAGAUCUGUCGUUUCACUUGACCCAUGACUCUCUUCACCCCUCGAAAUGUACAUGGGGCGCGGGGGAGGUUGGCUUAAAUGAAUGAUAACUAUAUAUAUAUAUGUGCAAGUGGUUUUCAAUGCAACUCGUCUUUUAAAUUGACUCAGAUGUAAAAAAAAAAAAAUGGUUUCAUGGUGAGGAUUGGAUCUAUGUCAUGAUCGAUUGGUGGCACUGAAAACCGCGAUUUCUCACUGCAAACAGUACUGUAAACGCAACUGCCUUCCAUACCUCAGACUAGCCGGCUGCCGUCGCCGGGGUGUGAAGGUGACGCGGCGUCAAAUUCCAAAACGAGAUGGAAGAGCUUUGUCAUCGGUGUGUAUGUGUGGAUGUGUGUGUGUUACGACUCGGGAGCUCCGUCCACACCUCCUAGGCCAAAAAAAAUAAUCACGUGUCUGUCAUGUUGACUCGUAUAAAACGUUACAAAGAUACUUGUGUAAUGAAAAGUGCUCUGUAACAGUCAAGGCCUUAACAUCCACAAUGACCACCCACUCACAUUAAAGGACAAGUAUUUUUUAA